AGCUGGUAAUUAAAUGUUCGUAUCGCGAGGAAUAUAGACCCAGGUCCCAAAAACGCCAUAGAACUAAACGCCAUAGCUAAAACAGGGACCGCGAAUUCUUACAGCUGACUGCUGUUGAAACAACCUCUCAAAAAAUCGAAGAAAAGCUUUUCGCUUGCAAUUGUUACACCUAGAGACUAGGGCAACUACGUCAAUAUUUAGGUUAAGUAGGUUAAUACGAAUAUUGCCUCUAAUAUAUCACACGUUCUCUGUCAGAUACAUCAUCUGACGUACCUACUUUUUUGUUCAUUUAAAAGAAAACGAAAAGUGGAAAAGGUUACAUUGAGAAUACUUCUAGGCGAUCAUAGUACUCCGCCCAUCGUGGUGAUCAUAGUGAUAGGUAAUUGUUUUGUUUUUUUCUGGUAAGUAAUACUUAGUAUUCGAGGAAGACAAACUUGUGUAACUAACUAUUGGUAGACGCUUGAUGCAAAUAGAGUCCCGUUGCCCCCUUCUACAAUCUGUUGUUUUAUCAUCAAGCACGAACAAAAAGAUGCUGGAUAUUUUGAGCAGCAAGAAGAUGACUAAAAAGGGAGGCGCAGGAGCAUUCGCUUUGUUUUGCUCUGCUUCGCCCUGUCUUAUGGGGGCAGGAGUGGCCGGGGUGCGGCUGCAGUUGGGGCGGAAGAUCCUAACCAACACUGAAGCUCAAGUGGGCACACCUGGAGGAGGAGAGGGGUCCUCCUUUGCAGAUGCAUCCUCGGUCAUAGCUCGUGGAGCGUCCUCUCCUGCAGUGCCUUCUGAAGUAGAGGUGGUGAACCUACAAUGCUACUUCGGCGUGGGCGGUAACCAAAGGGCUGAUUUGAAGAUUCUCUUGAAGGGCACAAGAUCUUCGGGUUCCGAGGAAAAGAAGUCGACCGCGCUAGUUGGAGACGACACAUUCCAAGACUUUCUGAAAGUCGCACUCGCUGCAUUCCGGAAAGACCAACGACCUGACAAGGUAACGGCGUGGAAGAAUGCCUACUUGGGUUUAGGUCCGGAACAUGUGCAGCUUGUUCUUCCGAGUGGCAAAGUGAUUGGACCUUAUGUGAGUCAGUCGUUUUUUAUCAUCUGAUAGAUAAACAUAGAGGCUAGAACUAGAAGUUGCGUGGCCUCCUGUCUUGAGUCUUCACUUAUGAGUCACGGACGUUGAUGAAGAAACGGCCUCUAACUAGAAAAAGAAGUCGGCUUUCUGGGUGGUUCCCUGAACGAUGGACUCGCAGGCGAGAUUCAAAAAGUUGUUGCUGCGGCUGCGCGUGAAAACAAGGAGCUACAUGGAGGAAACAAGAUCGACCUUGUCGUCUCCGUAAUCCCAGAUGGGAAUGGCUUGUACAGCAAGGACAAACUCUUGAAGCACAUCAUGGAAGAUCCAUGGAUGAGUGUAGGUCUUCUUUCCUCAGACUCAACCCAUGAAGCUGUAAAAUGCGACAAAGAUAUCGCUCUUGCAGCAGUCACGAGAGCAGAUGCGAAUCUACUUGAAUUUGUCUGUGAGGACCUACGAAAUGACCGCGAAGUUGUGCUGGCGGCUGUCGGAAUAUAUGGACGAUCCCUUCUGUAUGCCUCUCGCGAUAUGAGGGCUGAUCCCGAAAUUGUUCUGGUGGCGGUCCGACAGCACAUGGGCGUAUGGGGUGCCGAAGUUUUUCUUCAGCACAUCUCUCCCGAACUAAAAGACAAUCGCGAAAUUGUGCUGGCGUUAGCGCAAAAGUUCGGGCCUGCUGCACUUGAAUGGGCAUCGUCGGACUUGCAAAAAGACCGCGAUGUUGUUCUGGCGGCUGUCCAGCAUGCUGAGGCAGCAUUCCUUCGGGAUGUUCCGAUAGAUCUGCAAAAUGACCGCGAAUUUGUUCGGGCGGCUGUCGACGCAGAUUGGACGGCCUUUCAGUUUGCCUCUGAAGAGAUGAGGGCUGACCCCGAGAUUGUUCUGGUGGCUCUCAGGAAAGCACCGAAACUUGGACGCUAUCUUGUCCUUCACGCCGUCUCUUCCGAACUAAAAAACAAUAAAGAAGCUGUGCUUCAGUUUGUCACAGAAGACGCAGAGAAUGCACUGCAUUGGGCAUCGCGGGACUUGCAAAAAGACCGCGAUGUUGUUCUGGCGGCUGUCCGGGCAGAGGGGCGUUCCAUUCGUUAUGCCUCUCCUGAGAUGCAGGUUGACCUCGGGAUUAUCUUGGCGGCGUUUGAACAAGAUCCUGGCGCGCUUCGGUGCCUUCCUGACGGGUUGCUGAAGAGCCGCGACUUCAAGCUGAAUGUUCUUGGGCCACUGGAACAAGUGAAAGCACUCGUGGUUGCGCUGAAGACACGUUUUGAUGAGCUCCCGACAGACGACGAGGUGCGUGUCGCAGUUGCCAGGCUCAAUUCCAUACUCUGAGUGAAUUCGCUUUCGCCUUGAGACGAGCCUUGGGCUCGCAGAUGCUCGUAUCCGAGCGCGAUCAUGGGAUGUAUAAUUUAUUGGAUCGGCUGUGUUCGAGCAGUGUCAUGCCUUGGCUUUUGAAAUAAGUUUGAAUUUCUAUCGUUAUCCUGCAUAGAAGAAAAUGAAUAGAGUUUUGAAGAUUCUCACGCUGCGACUGCGUGGCGCGUUGAGUAUUUUGGUUAAAGGUAAGCGCCGCUUCUACUUUCACACCUUCUAAUCACUUUUUUUUACGGAUUACAGUGUAAAUAUUUACGACUUAUGUAGGUUGGCCCAUGGUCAUGAAGAACCACGAAGCCGCGUCGUUUCUUGCUAAAUAAGCGAGAACAACUACAUGUUGACUACAUCUCUCUAACCAUUUUUCAGGUACAUACUUGGGGUGACAAAAGCAGAGCGGAGAUACUGCUUCCAAUGGGUGAAGACGAAGGAGAUGCCGAAGAAGAACAAUUACUAAUGACUAUCUACUAACUCUACUUUGUAUUUUCCUUUGCGAAAUUAUAGAAGCACUUGUAAUUAAUUUGUAACAGCCAAAGUCGGUUAUUUUCCUUUGCGAAAAGAAAAAGACAGUUAUGAGCGUUGUGUCUAAAAUAAAAGUACGAACUUUUUCCUUUGCGAAAAGAAAGCGAUAAGGUCUCAGCUUGAGUUUAUGUCUGAAUUUGAAUUACGCGGAGGUACCCGUAGCUGAACCAUCUAUCAGAGGAAGCACUACUCGGGACAUCAAGAAUAGCUCUGUCAUUGAAAGUGGAGCUAGGAGCGGGCGGCGCUUUAAUAUACUGAUUUGUCGAGUCGUGCCGCAUGACAGGCGUUGGAUGCACCGCAUGACAGUCCUUGCCCCAAAGAGAUACAUCUAAGCACUGACGACGGGGUACCUGUCAUACAACAUCAGAUUGGCAGGCGCUCAGAUGCGGCAGCUCUAGCAACUUGAAGGUUAUAUUGGGCCUGCUAUACUCGUCUGGAAAUAAUGAUAUUAUUUGAGAUUUUAUUCGCUGUUGUUCUCUAGUAGUUGUAAAAAUGUAUGAGGCUAGUGCGACACGUACUCGCAUAGUCCAUAAGCUUCGUUUUAGUGUGUGCAGCAGUAGAUUGAUUACCGAGAAGCCUAAAUUGGUCGGAGCUUAUCAAUCUUAAAAGCAAUUUGAUAUUGAUCCAUCUAGAGUAGAAAAGUUGCGGCCCCCAAGUGAAAGUUUUCCAUACCUCCGGUAUUAAGCCUUGCCUGUUAAGUAGUUAACUGCUAAGCCUAAGCGUCUAACUACUCUUCUGCGCGAUUAAUGUUAUCUUCUAUGCAUGGAAAAACCUCAGCACGGUCAGUAAAUCGGGUAUCAAGCUCCGAUGACCAUGAGGGUAUUGGAUAACUGCACUGGGGGUUCAACAGAUGCUCAGACGUCAACACUUGUACUAGGUACUACAUUUAUUCCUACAAAUGAUACAGUUUAUCUUCCAGUUCCACGACAAAUGAUUAUGAGCAUGAUGAUGAAAAUAGAAUUACUUAAUUGCACAUCAAGAUUCAUUCACGGCCGAUUAUGAUUAAUAUCCCUCGUCUUUUAUUUCCUCUCAACGAUAUGAAUAAUGAAUCGCACUAGAUUAAUUUCCAUCGUCAUUCCCUCUAUCUCUAAGUCUUUACUUGAAAAGACAAGAGAGAUACUAAUAAUAGAGGUUAUAGACGAACGACCUACUACACUUUUAAACUACUGAAUUGACAAGUAGAAAGAUUGACAUCAUUCAAACAAAAGCUGUGCUAAUUGCCACACAUAUAUUUUAUUAAACCACCAGCGACGUUGCUGGCCUUAAAAAAAAUUUUCCGUAUCGUCGUUACUAGGUCGUGAGAAGAUGGAGGCACUGCAGAUGCCCAUUCUUCUUCUACACCCUAACGAGUCCUCCGUGUGCAGUGUAGAACUUCAAACUCUGUCAUCUUUCAUCUCUAUAUACUUCUAUCAAAGUUGUAACUCGAUCUAGUACUAAGCCGCCCCCAGCGCCCAGUUACCUACUUACAAAAAGAGAAACGCAUUGAGUUUGAAAGUUGGCCAGAAUUUGGUGAGAUACUAGUUGGUUUCUAGCAGGUGACUACUACUAGAUCUUCUACUGUGACUGAUUUGAAAGAUCGCAAAAAAUAGAUGAAGGAUCAAUUUGAAUAACAAACAUUUAUGUAGUGGAAGAUUAGAUAGAAGUGAGUCUAUGUUUGUUUCACUUUCAAAAUAUGAAGAAUGGGUUCUUAGUAGAGCAGUUUUAUUUUCCUUGAAAAUUGAUGGAAGCGCAUCAGCAUAUUGUUGAGCAUGAUAAAUUAUACAAAGUUGAACGGGCGACGAAAUGGCACACUCUCACUCGACACAUGCGGAACAGCAAUGCUUUGGCCAACGGUCGUCGGACGUGACUGCGGACGCGUGAGUGGUGCGCAUGGAUGUUGAUCACAACGCGCGGAGGCUGUCAGUGGAGGGUGUCGCUUUCUGCACGUGGCCUGCAGUGGGUGGGCGAUUCCUGUAAGUGUCUUUUCCUGUCCGGGUCUCUUCUUGUACAUGCAAAGACGACGGCGGCCUGCGGUGGCGGGUGUCUCCUUGUGUGUCUGUGCGUUCCAUCAUAAGCAACCGUGGCUGAGGUCAGUAAUGCCAUCCCAGGUCGACGCUAGGAGUUCGGGAAAAAUACACAGUCAGUUCUCUAGGAGUUCAUCGGCAGUAGUUCUCUAGGAACAAGUAAGGUCGCCGUGCUUUUUCCUUUCUUGAGUACUAGGCUCGUGGAGUAAAUGUCCACGUUUUGACCUCUGUGCCUGUGCGCAUCUGCGUGUUGCUCUAUGUAUGUCUCACUCAUACUGUUCGAAGUUUUUUGUGUAAAAACGAUCAAGAUCAACAUCAUGUAAAAAUAGUUUUUUUUUUCGUUUUCUUUUUCUGCGCGCAGGCUAGUUCUGACAGGUAGUUGCAUGGGCGGCGUUGCAAUAACUUCCUGUUCGUCGUUAAAAGUCCUCAGAGAGGAGGAGAUUUCAUGAUCCCCAGGUCCCUGAUGACGUGGUGUUCUUGAUUGCGGGACUCCUUAGCAUGAACAAAGCUCCCUAGGAUGAACAAAGCUCCACCUUAGCAUCGCAUCAGGUGGAGUUGACAUGGCGAUGAUUUGUUUCUGAGUUCUCUGGAAUGAUCCGUAUUGAAUUCAACGAAAACAAGUAGUGAAAAGUAAAAGAAAACUGGAGA